AUGCCCGCCGUCAGCGCCACCAACGGUAUCAAUGGCCAUGCCAACGGAGUCGCGAAUCCUACACCAGCACAUCCGCUCUUCGACUCAAUACCAGAUGUCAUACAAGCCUUUGCAAACGACGAAUUCGUAAUCGUCCUCGACGACACUUCUCGUGAAAACGAGGGCGACCUCAUCAUCGCUGCGUCCGCCCUGACACCUGCCAAAGCCUCGUUCAUGAUCCGCUACUCAUCGGGGUAUAUAUGCGCACCCCUCUCCGUUUCCCGCGCCGCCGCCCUCCACCUUCCACAGAUGGUCGCCGACAACGCGGAUCCGAAUCGAACCGCAUACGCCGUUUCCAUCGAUGCAGAAGAUCCGUCCGUGUCCACGGGAAUCUCAGCGCACGACCGAAGUCUCACAUGCCGUAUGCUGGCCGAUCCUUCAGCAAAAGCAUCGCAUUUCCGACGACCGGGACAUGUUCUUCCACUACAAGCGCGCGAUGGCGGUGUCAGGGUGCGGAGGGGACAUACAGAGGCUGCAGUCGAUUUAUGCAGGUUAGCGGGAAAGCAGCCCGUGGGCGUCAUUUGCGAGCUGAUUACGGACGGAGAGGAGACAGAGGGCAAGCCAGAGUUGGUUGGCGGCGGUAUGAUGAGGCGGGACGAGUGUCUGGCCUUUGGCAAUAAAUGGGGGAUCAAAGUGUGCACCAUUGAAGACCUGGUUGCUUACAUUGAAGCGAACGAGGGAAAGUUACCAAGUAGUUCGAAAUAG